AUGGCCGAGCCCAUUCGUGGAAAGCGUGCUCAGGACGCCGUGGCUCCUACGCCUCAGAACACACCCGCAACUGCUGCUCCCAUCUCUUCCCACGCUCAACAGCCGGGCGUUGCUAGUAUCAAGGAGGAGGAUCUGGACCGUGCCGCCGCGGCUUCAGUUUUCGCCCAAAACCCCAAGCUUAUCCAGAUGAUUCAGGGUCGCCUCGGCUCCCUCGUGGGCCAAUCUUCGGGCUACAUCGAGUCCCUGCCCGCUCCCGUCCGCCGACGUGUCGCUGGUCUCAAGGGCAUCCAGAAGGAUCACUCCAAGCUCGAGGCUGAGUUCCAAGAAGAGGUUCUCCAGCUCGAGAAGAAGUACUUCGCCAAGUUCUCCCCUCUCUACGAGAAGCGUUCCGCCAUUAUCAACGGAAAGACUGAGCCUACUGAGGAGGAGAUCAAGGCCGGUGAGGAGGACGAUGAGCCCGAGACUGAGGAUGCUGCCAAGUCUGAGCAGAAGUCCGAUGUCCCCGACAACGUUUCCGGUAUCCCCGAGUUCUGGCUCUCCGCCAUGAAGAACCAGAUCUCCCUCGCUGAGAUGAUCACUGACCGUGAUGAGGCUGCCCUCAAGCACCUCACCGACAUCCGCAUGGAGUACCUUGACAAGCCUGGUUUCCGUCUCAUCUUCGAGUUUGCCCCCAACGAUUUCUUCAAGAACACCACCAUUACCAAGACAUACUACUACCAGAACGAGAGUGGCUACGGUGGUGACUUCAUCUACGACCACGCUGAGGGUGACAAGAUUGAGUGGUUGCCUGGCAAGGACUUGACUGUCCGAGUCGAGAGCAAGAAGCAGCGAAACAAGAACACAAAGCAGACCCGAAUUGUCAAGAAGACCGUUCCUACCGAGUCAUUCUUCAACUUCUUCUCGCCACCCAAGGCUCCCACCGAUGACGAUGACGAGGAUGCCGAGUCCGACAUCGAGGAGCGCCUCGAGCUCGACUACCAGCUCGGUGAGGACAUCAAGGAGAAGCUCAUCCCCCGCGCCAUCGACUGGUUCACCGGUGAGGCUCUGGCUUUCGAGGAGAUCUCCGACGAUGAGCUUGAUGGUGCCGAUUUCGACGACGAUGAUGAUGAGGACGAGGAUGACCUGAGCGAGGAGAACGAUGACGAGGAGGAGUCUGACGACGACGAUGAGUCUGGCAAGCCUAAGCAGGAGGCUGCUGAGUGCAAACAGAGCUGA